CUCUUUGGCGCUCUCUCUCUUACAACUCACUCGCGCUCUCUUUUUUUUCCAUCUCACUCUCUUGUGUCUCGUGCUUUGCCAGUUUGUUUUUUAAGUGUUCGCCGCGUUGUGUGAGUGCCACUGUGUGUGUGUGUGUGCGUGUGUGUGUGUAUUGUGUGAUAUUCAGCGUGUGUGUGUGUGCGUGUCCAAGCUUAGUCGUCGUUGGCUAUGUUAGCGGGCGGGGGCAUAAAAGUGCUAUUGCAAGCUGCCAAAUUUAUUGAGCAGCGCGAUAAAAACCAUCAACCAUCCCCCCCGCAAUCAUCGUUGAUAUUGCCGCAGCAGCAGCAGCUACAACAACAUCCGUUGCCGUUGCAGUUCUUCAAUGGCAACGGUAACAGCAAUAACAACAAUAACAACAACAACAACAACAACAGCACAAGCCAAUACAAUAGAAACACUGCAGCAGCAGCAGCAACAACAAUAUCAACAACAGCUGCUGCUGCUGCUGCAACAACGCAACCCGCGGCAAAUGGCUUAAGCAACGGCAAUAUUAUUGGAGCAGCAGCAGCAGCAGCAACAACAGCAACAACAACAUUACCUGCAUUGUAUACCAACGGCGGCAGCAGCAGCAGCAACAAUGUGCGCAGUCAAUUAUUAGCUGCUCAGAUGCAGCAACAACAGCAACAACACCACCAUUUGGAUUAUGAGUUUGUUGUUGGCGGCAACAACGGCGCCGGCGUCGUUGCAGCAUCAUCGUCAGCGUCAUCAUCAACAACAGCAUCAUCCUCAUCCCCGUCCCCACCAAUAAUAAACAACUCCGCGACGACCAUCAGCUGCAUCAAUGGACAAUUGGAGGCGGUAAUUUCUUCAUCGCGCCACAGUGAAGGUCGCAAUGCCAUAAUAUCGGAGGAUGAAAAUUCCUCAUCAAAUUCAAUCUACACGCAAGCAAAACAAGAGCAACAACAAGUGGUAGCAGCAACAGGCAACAGCAAUGGCAAUGGCAGUGGCAGUGGCAAUGGCAGAGUGGCAACAACAACAACAACAAAACUAACUGGUGCCUCUACGAACAACAACAAUGGCAGCAGCACCUCCCCAUCAUCUUCUUCUGUGUCACCAGCAUCGUCAGCAGCUGCUGCGGCAUUUAUGCUACUUGCAACAGCGCCCACAGCCAACAACAACAACAACAACAUUAGUAGUUCUUCUGUUGGGGACAACAACAACAUCAACCUAUUGAAACAUAAGAUAAUUGGCAACAAUUUGGGUUCCGAGUUACCUCGCAAAUGUUUUGUUUAUUCAUCUCCUGCUGCUGCCGCCGCCGCCGCUGCUGCUGGUGGUAAUACUACUGCUGCUGCUGUUGCUGCUGCUACAAUCAACAAUAGCAGUAUCUUUUCACUCACGCCACCCACGACUACAGCCUAUAAAAUCUCCAGCGAAACCACAAAAUCACUAGUGCCACUCACCCCACCGCCCAUGAGUAGCCGCAAAGUGAUCGAUACUCAUUCAAGAAUUCGCUCCAAUUCAUUAUCCUCCCAUAAACUUUCAGCGCAAUCGCAACAGAUAAGUGGCCUAAUUAUUGGUAAUGCCGUCGAUGCCCAUAUGAGCUAUGUGGGUGGUAUACGAGGUGGACAAGGUGGUGGUGGAGGAGGAGCUGCCACAUUAACGCCAUCCACAUUCAAUGGCGCCUCAUAUAGACAACUGAUCAAUGGCCAAUCACAGGGGGCGACAACAGCAUCAGCAUCAGCAUCCUCAUCAUUAUCAUCGAUUGUUGUAGCGUCUGGAGCGGCAGCAAUUUCCAAUGUGUCGUCAUCGGCUCCAGUAACAGGAUCUCAAUUGGCAGCAGCCGCUGGUGCUGGUGGACGCAGGCGAACGAUUAGUUCGAACAGUAAUGGGGCGGGCACUCGGGAGGUACACAAUAAACUGGAAAAGAAUCGUCGUGCCCAUCUUAAGGAAUGCUAUGACAAAUUAAAGAAUGAGCUUCUCCUCAAAGACGAGGAUCGUAAAAAGAUCUCUAAUUUGGUAAUACUCGAGAAGGCAUACAAAAUCGUCAAGCAAUUGGAUCGUCAUGAACGCGAACAGGAUGUUGAAUUGGAGCGUCAGGCGAAAAAGAAAAUUGAAUUGCAAAAACGCUUGAAUAGCCUCAAAAGGGAUACGACGGAUCAGAGCAUUCCAAUAAAUGAUAAAGAUGUCAAUGAAGCCGUCUGCCUGGCAACUACAUCAACAGCAGUAGCUGGAGUUGCCGUAGUACGUCCCAUACUAUUCGAUGGCACCACAUCGCCCAUUAUUUGUGGUGCAACUGGGCUUGCAACCGCUGGGCCAACAACAACAGCGGCCAUGUCAUCUGUGAUACAAAAUAAAAUCAAUAACACCACCAACAACAACAACAACAACAACAACAACAUCAGCAACUCCAGCAGCAACAAGCAUCACAACAACAUGAGCAACAACAACAACAACAACAACACCACCACCAGCACCUCAAACACAACCUCAAGCAUAAGCAAUGCCCCUCCAAUUUCAAUACCAAAUACAACGACAGCAAUUACCGUUGCAUUGGGUUUGCUCAAGAAUAAUCAAAUUGCAGUGUUAUCGCCGACUAACUCGGCCAUUGCCGUUGCCCCUGUUGCUGUUGCUGCUGGUGCUGUUGCUGCUGUCAGCAGUCCAGCAGGCAGUCCCGCCAAUUUGCCACUGAUAACAACAACCACAACAACAACAACAGCAGGAGGUGGUGGUGCCAUUGCUGGUAUUACACGUGGCUCUCCCACCCCGUCAACACCAUCACCAUCGCCAAGCUCAUCAUCGAGCGGUGUCUCGUCGUCAGCCUCAUUUAUGGGCUCAUCAUCGUCGUCAUCAUCAUCCUCGUCAUCGUCAUCAUCAUCCUCGUCCUCCUCAUCAUCAUCAUCAUCAUCCUCAUCGUCGUCAUCAUCGACGUCAUCGUCAUCAUCCAAUACAUCGCCCAGCAGCAAUUCGACAACAAGUUUAUCCUCUACAGUGGUGGCAGGGGCAAUUGUCACACCAUCCUCAACAACAACAUUAUCAUCAUCGCCACCCAUGCAGACGCAAUCGCAGACGAUAACAACGACGCAUUUGCUUGACUCCCGACAUGGCCAAACUGCUGUCGGUCUCAAGAUUCAUGGCGCCGCCGGCGGCGCAGCUGCUGCAGCAUUAAAUGGCGGUGCCACCAUAAUGGCAACCACAGUGCCAGCAUCACCUGGAACUGCAAAUGGUUUUCAUCAAUCGGACAAGAAACGUAAUUAUAAACUCGAAUUCUUGAUGCGAAGCAGAACUACGGCACAGUGAAUGAAAAAUAAAGAAUGAAGGAUGAAGAAUAAAGGAUGAUGAUGAUAGUUAAAUGAGGCAAGAAGACAACCAACACACAACAACAACACAUUAAACAAUUGAUUUGUGUGCAACAGCUCCCACCUUACGACAACAACAACAACAACAACAA